AUGGAAGUGCUGUUUGAAGCGCUUAUUUUAUUUACAAUUUGUGGUUGUGUAAGCACUGAAAUCUGCUCGAUUUACAACAACGUGCCAAUUUCGAAAUACAAUGACCAUCUAAGACCAAUUAUCGAUGCUCAAUCAUAUAAUAUAAAUCAAAGCGGGGAACUGUCAAUAAAUAUCGAAAUAAAAUUCGAAUGCAAUAUAAUAAUAUUCAACGCGGAAAAUGUUACUCAUAUUAGUAAAAUCAGAUUAGAAAAUACUGCAAGUCACGAAAUUUACACGACUUAUCACUACUCUAUUUCCAAGAACAUUAUCUUGAAAAUUUCAUUCGCGGAAAAUAUACCUCCAGGGAGUUAUAAAAUCAACUUUGAUUACAACUCCGAGAUAAACUCGCCUGCUGUACUUUCCGAAUGGAUCGUGCUGACCAAUUUCGACGACGAUCACGUUGAUGAAAAAAACAGUAACGCAACGAGAGUAUGGCUUCGAAAAAGUGCUCUGGGCCAUGGGAAAUAUUUAGUGAAAAAUGUCGAAAGAUUAUUGGAAGCUUUUGAAAACUUUACUGGCUUCUCGUACAAUAAAAACAAGUACAUUAAACUAGACUUCUUCGUAGUGCCCAAAAGUCCAACGUCCGAGCAUCUAAGCGGAGAUUUUAUUUAUGUCGACGAAGAAAUAUUCGUCAACGAAGAUAACAUUGCUACGAAUAAUAACGAAAAAUUAUUCCGUUCUAUCGUAGAGAUGAUGAUUAAUCAAGCAUAUAAUAAAAAAUUUCAAAAAUAUAAGUUACCCGUACAACUAAAAGAAUAUUUAGUAUACUACAUAACAGAUCAGGCGACCAAUAACUGGCAUUUGAUGGAUUUGUUCACUUUCAAGCAACGAUUCAUUAUUUUCGAUGGAGAUUUUCUUUUUAAUCGAUUGAUCUAUGGUGCAAUGGGAGAUCAUUUCCCUGUUGGUGGAUCUAUUAUUCGAAUGAUUGCUCAUAUUAUUGGCGAAACCAAUUUUAAGGCAGCAGUCGACAAUUUGCUGGAGGGAAGAGGAAAAGCUGGAACAUUUACUUCUAAUCUAAACAAAAUAUCGACUGGAAAUAAAAAAUUCCUUGAACAAGUAAUUGAAAACGUGGAAGAUUAUAAAGGACAUCCAGUAGUUACGAUUGAAAGGAAUUAUCAAGCUAACAGUGCUAUUAUAAAGCAGUCAGUUCUUAAAAGAAGUUCAAACAAGACGUCGUCAAAGCGAAACUGGGUACCAUUGAAUUUUGCAACUCAGUAUGACGCUGAUUUUGAUGAUACCACUGUCACUAUGUGGUUCGAUCCAAAAAUAGAAUCACUAGAAAUUGUGACACCUCCCCCGGACCAAUGGGUCAUAUGCAACAAACAGCAAUUUGGCUACUAUCGGGUUAAUUAUGAUGAGAGAAAUUGGAAACUGAUUACUAAUUAUCUCAAGUCUGAAAAUUACAAAAAAAUUCAUGUUCUGAACCGCGCGCAACUUAUAGACGACGCGUUUGUUUUCGCUGAAUUUGGAUACCUCAAUUUCAACGUCGCCUUUGAUUUGGCGAGAUAUCUCAGAAUUGAGACAGAAUAUGUCCCGUGGGCGACUUUUUGGGAAAAAAUGUUCCGUUUAUAUCAAUACUCUUCAAUAUCUGGUUCUCAAUACUACGAACCGUUUAAAAAUAUGAUUUUGGAGUUAUCUGGCCCACUGGAACGUAAGUUUCUGUCAGAUGCAGCAUUUGAUGGUAACGAUCGCAUGGAAAGACUCAAUAAAAUAGCGUUUAUAAAGUGGACUUGCUUCUACGGUUCAACGUUAUGCAGAAACUAUUCACUUGUUAUACUCAAAAAUUGGCUCGCAGAUCCCGUUAAAAAUCCACUAUUGGAGGACGUCCGAAAAGAAAUACUUUGUGCAGGAAUUCGCAGUGCUGAUAAGGAAACUUGGGAAAAAUUACUGGAGAAAUAUUCAAUUGACAAGGACGACACCAUCCUUUUUGCACUCAUGUGCUCAUCGAAGUAUGAGUUACUGCAUAAAUUAAUCACGAUGUUUAUUAAUGGUCAAUUGGUUCAAAUUAAUCCUUGGUAUUUUUUGAUUAAAAUUGUCAAACAGAGCCCCAUCGGUUUGGACACUAUCAUCCGUUUCAUUUACAACAAACAAGACGUUAUUCACAGCAUGCAUGACCAUAACCAUCUUAACUCUUCAACAGGCUUCAUCACUAAUUAUGGAGAAGUAACUUAUGACAUGAAUCAUUUCCAAGCCUUUGUAGAUUCUUUCUGUACAGUCAUUGAGCAGUUCAUUACAAAUAACCAACAACUCGAUAAGUUCAAAAAAAUAUUGGGUGAUAAUUUGGAUGUUAUUGGAAGCAGAGAAGUUGGUAAAUAUUUGUACUUUGCUCAAAUGAAAGUUCAUGCCUCAACUUUAGUAUCCAAUUCAAUGAAAGCUUACUGGAAUUUUGAAGAAAAAUAA